AUGGGUGAAGCAGCCCAUAAACAUGGAACCCGUUUGGCCCUUGGCGAUUGCACUCGGAAUCCUGUAUUCACUAGUGGUGGUCCUCCAUCCGCUAAUCGUUCAUCUGAUUCCGGCGGUGCUGCUCUGCAUCUCAGGCCUCUUUACCAAUCUGGUUCAGGCGAUUUGCUUCGUUUGUAUUUGGCCGAUCUCGGAGAAUGCAUACACAAGAUCCUAGAGUGCAUAGAGCAGGAAACCAGUAACUUAAAGGGGGAAGAAUGUGAACUUGUCAUAUCCAAUGUUAGAAAUGAUGCCGAUCCUCUUCUGGAACAGGUUCUUGCUCAGUUAUAUACUUAUCUUGGAAAGCUACUGGAUAUAGGACAAAGCAAAGGUGGUGUGAGAAUGCUUUUGGUGCCUCAGAGAGAUAAAUUUUACGAAAUGGAAGAUCAGUGGUCUGGUUUGCUUGGCAGUUCAUUAGCUGUAAUAAAGACAUCAGCAAGAUACAGUCUGUCAGCUCUGAAGGACUUCCCUCUGCCCUUUUGGCUAUCUGUUGUCCUCGAAAGAACUGGGUUUACUCAGGGAGAUCUUCGAGCUGCUCAGAGGCUUCCUGUCCCUAGCAAGGUUUUGAGUUCUGAUACUAAGGAUUUAGCCUAUGCAGUAAGACGUGCGUACUCUGCUGUUCCAGCCAUUUAUGUUAUAACAGUGGCCAUUCGUAAAACGUCACCUCCACCCACACUUGAAAGUGUAAUUAAAGGAGGACCUUCUGUGGUGCAUGUGUACAUCAAGAGGCAUGCGACUAAAAAAUGGCUUCAAACUGAUGAUGCUGUGGAAAAGUUGUGCAGAGAAAUACUUGCAGCCAAGGAUGCAUCAUUGGACGAACAUAUAACAGAGCACAGAUUUGGUGAUAAAGGAUUGCAAGCUAUUGGUCGGCCACCAAAGUGUUUCUUGGUUGUUAUAUCUUCAAUUUUGUUGUGGGCUCUAAAGCUCAACUUUGUCUGCCGUUCUACACUGCUUGUAUCGAGUGCUGCCUUCUUUACUGGCCGGAUGCUUGCUCUGUUUGGACGUGGAGUGCUUUUGAUGUUGCGGUGUUUGAUGGGAGCAGUUAUAGCAAACAUUACUUGGUCAGAUCACCUGAAGCCCAUCUGUGAAGUGUUGAUUGUGGAAUUUUUUGAAACCCUUGAUAUUCUCCCUUAUGAUGUAGAUUGGUGGUAAAAUCGGAUCUGGAAAAAGCUUAUGGUUUCUUGAGUUGGGAUUGUAUUCAAGUGACCAGACGAACAAUACAAAAAGUUCUCUAGUGGACUUCUGUAUAUAAUUAUGAUAGUCUGAUAUCACCUCAAGCCCAUCUGUGGCGUGU